AUGGAUACUCCCAGGGUCCUACUCUCGGCUGUCUUCCUCAUCAGUUUCCUGUGGGAUUUGCCCGGUUUCCAGCAGGCUUCCAUCAUCUCCUCCUCCUCGUCGUCGUCCGCUGAGCUGGGCUCCGCCAAGGACGUGCGAAGCCGCAAGGAGGGGAAGGUGCCUCGGGCGCCGAGAGAGAGUGCCGCGGAGCGGGAGCCCCGGCGGCAGCCACACGAGUUCCAGGCGCAGGAGCCGCCGGGCAGGGGCCCGCGGGUAGUGCCCCACGAGUACAUGCUGUCAAUCUACAGGACGUAUUCCAUCGCCGAGAAGCUGGGCAUCAACGCUAGCUUUUUCCAGUCUUCCAAGUCGGCGAAUACGAUCACUAGCUUUGUUGACAGGGGACUAGACGAUCUCCCGCACACUCCUCUCCCGAGACAGAAGUAUUUGUUUGAUGUGUCCACGCUCUCAGACAAAGAAGAGCUGGUGGGCGCGGAGCUGCGGCUCUUUCGCCAGGCCCCCACAGCGCCCUGGGGGCCACCGGCCAGGCCCUGCCGGGUGCAACUUUUCCCCUGCCUCUCGCCCCAGCUGCUGGACGCGCGGACCCUGGACCCACAGGGGGCGCCCCUGGCCGGCUGGGAAGUCUUCGACGUGUGGCAGAGCCUGCGCCUUCAGCCCUUGAAGCAACUGUGCUUGGAGCUGCGGGCCGCGUGGGUCGAGCUGGGCGCUGGGGAGCCCGACACGCGCACGCCGGGGUCCCAGCAGCCGCCGGCUCCGGACCUGCGGAGUCUGGGCUUCGGCCGGAGGGUGCGGCCGCCCCAGGAGCGAGCCUUGCUUGUGGUGUUCACCAGAUCGCAGCGCAAGAACCUCUUCGCGGAGAUGCGCGAGCAGCUGGGCUCGGCUGAGGCUCAGGGCGCGGGCGCCGAGGGGUCGUGGCCUCCGCCGUCUGGCGCCCCGGACGCAGGGCCUUGGCUGCCCUCGCCCGGCCGUCGGCGGCGGCGCACUGCCUUUGCCAGCCGCCACGGUAAGCGGCACGGCAAGAAGUCGAGGUUGCGCUGCAGCAAGAAGCCCCUGCAUGUGAACUUCAAGGAGCUGGGCUGGGACGACUGGAUUAUCGCGCCCCUGGAGUAUGAGGCGUACCACUGCGAGGGCGUGUGCGACUUCCCGCUGCGCUCGCACCUGGAGCCCACCAACCACGCCAUCAUCCAGACGCUGAUGAACUCUAUGGACCCUGGCUCCACCCCUCCCAGCUGCUGCGUGCCCACCAAAUUGACUCCCAUCAGCAUCCUGUACAUUGACGCGGGCAAUAACGUGGUCUACAAGCAGUAUGAGGACAUGGUGGUGGAGUCCUGUGGCUGCAGGUAG